ACUGCCUCUUUGCUUCUUGAAUCAUUAUUGCGAAGCUGUUUUGGCAAUAUUCCUUGCUUCAAUCUUCACCAACUGAUACAGGUGCGCAACUUUUCCCUUAGAUCCUGGGCUGCUUGGGCAGUUUUGGCGGCUCAUUUGUAAUAUUAACGUUGUGUAAACAUCCUCUUGGCGUCCACUUACGAUCUUGGGUUUGGUAGAAUUCCAAGAUGGCGUCGCCUUUCGAAGGUGACGGCGUACGGGUCUUGUUGACUUGUUCAUGUUCUGCCUUAUCUCCGGCGGCUCGUCUGUACUUCUGCCGACACUGUAUUAAGCUGAGAUGUCCUCUAUGUGUCUCUCAUGAGGUGGAUUCGUAUUAUUGUCCGAACUGUCUGGAAAAUAUGCCUUCAGCAGAAGCGAAAGUUAAGAAGAACAGAUGUGCCAAUUGUUUUGACUGCCCAAGCUGUGGUAACACACUUUCAACACGAGCGACAGCAGUGGCCAUACAGGCUGAGAAGGGAGGUGAUGAUGCCAAAGCCAUGCAAGCCAAGAAGGUGUAUUACUUAGCCUGUGGCUUCUGUCGCUGGUCAUCCAGAGAUGUCGGCAUUGAAGAUAAAAGUGUUGCAAGUGGUGCAUGGCAAGAACAGGAGAGUCCUGCUACUAAAAGGGUUAAUGUCCUUGUGGAAUAUUAUAGACAACUUGCACAGAAAGAGAAAGUGGAACGGGAGAAAAAGAAAUUGACCAAACGACGUAAUUUCAUGCAUUUAUCGUUUACUCCACGAAAGGAUAAGUUUGGCUUGUCAUCACUAACAAGACGCAAAAGCAGCCUUUCCUAUCUUACUGCUAGUUUCAGUCCAAAAGGGAAAGAUAUCAUGGAUGAAGAAGUUAAUUUAAAAAAUCCAAGUGAAGCUGUAGAAGAAGUAGAAACAUUACCAGAGGAAUUUUACAACAAGCCCUUGAUCCUUGAAAAAGUUCCAAAUCUGUCACAAAGACUUUGUCAGCCUGAUUUCCAGCCAGGAGCCAUUGGUGAUCUUCACCCCAGACACAAACACCUCCUGGCAAAGAGAUCACAACGCUGCAGGGAAUGUGAACAUAACCUCAGCAAACCAGAGUUCAACCCAUCAUCAAUAAAAUUCAAGAUUCAGUUAGGAGCAGUGCAUUAUGUACCACUGUUGAAAAUUUCAAAUGUCCCAGUUCUGAAGUUUGGCAAGGAGUCUCAAGUGACCCUCUCACUGACAAAUCCAGUGGAAAAUUUAUUAAAAGUCACCCUGUUACAAUUUGAGGAAGAGGCAAAAGACACAGCCAAAGAAAAUGACACACAGGACCAAGAGGAUAAGUCAGAUCAGAAUGCUGACAAGAAAGAAGACAGGAAUGAAAAUGAAGAGAAGAAAGAAGAUGAAAAGAAAGAUGAGGGUGAAGCUCAAGACAAGACUGAUGUAGAGAAAGAUACAGAGAAAGAGAAGAAGAAGGAUGGCUCGCUUGGAGUGACUGCUGUCAUUCACAAGCCAGACCGCAACAUGAAUAACAGUUGUGAAAGUAGAUGUUUUGUAUCCACUGCUGAGGUUGUCUUGCCAACGUUCCCGCUGAUGUUAGGAGCACGUGACGAGGCUGCUGAGUUUGAUGAAAUAGACUCUGGUACUUCUGCAGAAAUGUUUAAUGAUGAUCCAAGAGUUGUCGUCAACCGACAAGCCAACAAGUUGUGGUUUCUUGUAAAAGUUUUGCCACAAAAGCCACUUGGGGAUGUCAAGUUUUCCAUGAUCAUGCAGUAUGAAUACAAACACAUAACAACAGCCCUGGUGCGAGGCGGUCAGGAGUCGGAAGAACAAGUGGUUACAUUGAAACACAAGCUACAUAUCAACCUCGGCCCAGUUCUGACCGAGUCAUAAACUUAAUAUUAUUGAUAUUUAUAGAACGGUAGAGAGGGAAAUAUGAAAUUUUGUGGUCCAGGAUAGGGAUAAACUAUUGUGCAUUUUCAUAUGUUCUGUGGGGUAUGUUGGUGCGUCGUCUUUGUUAUCGUGGUUGUUGGCUUCGUCGUCGCUUCCUGUAAACUUUUUUUUCGUAACUAUUGACUUCGCCGUAAUUUUGAAACAUCGUCAUCGCUAGCUUUUAUUUUCGUCUUCGUGACUGUUAAUGCGCCAAUCAAUUCAAAGCUUCAACAUCCUUUCCCCCCGGGAAACCCACGACCAUCUUCCUUGCUCGGGGGUAGGGAAUUUUAGCCUGGUCUUGCUGGGGUUGGGAAUUUGAACCAGAAGUGUCAAGUCUUUCCAGUGGAAAGUGGAGGUGGUAAUUUGAACAAACCAAACUUCAAAAGUUCAAAUUCCGGGGGGCGGGGGAAUGGUGAAGUUUUCGAAUCUCGUAGUUCUUCCAGAAUCUAACGCAGGACUUCGACGUCUUCUGUAGCAUGAUACUAAAGAAUUUCAAAACUUGUAUUUUUUCUAUUUUUACGCACAUCUUUCGUUGAAAAGAGCGAGACAAGGCAGAUUAGCAAAAAACAUUAAUGCGAUAUAAAAGGAGAGGGAUCAAUGCUAGUGUCUGGGUAAUUGCGCACCUACUCCUCCCCUAACGCAUCAAUAACCCUAGCUUGUCAUCAGUUGCCUGUGCUUGGGUUAGGGGAGAGGUAGGUGCGAAGUUGCUCAGGUCCAAGGAGAGUCUUAAGAUUGUCAACGAAGGAAAUAAAAUAAGCCAACGCCUCAGGGAAGGAGAUGAAUAAAUAAAUGACAGGUUUGCAAUGAA